UUUUUCAAAUUGAAAUAUUUAAUAUAAAUAUAAUCAUUUUUACUUCUUAGUUAAAUAAAAAAGGAAAAAAAAACUCCAAGAGCAGUGAGAUAAGUUCCUAGACCUGAACCAUGGCCGGAGGAAACACAGAUGCCGGAGAAAGUUACUCCACUGUAACUGGCCUCAUGUAUGUCUUCAACUUGAUUGUGGGACUGGAGCACUAACGAUGCCAGCAGCAUUUACCCAUGCAGGUUGGCUUGUCAGUUUGUUAAUCCUCAUGGCUCUUGCUUUCAUGAGUUACCUGACCACUACUUUUGUCAUUGAGGCAAUGGCUGCUGCCAAUGCCAUGGUCCAUCGCCAUGCUGUACGACAUUUCAAAAAAGUAAUAAAAAAAGAAGAAAUGCAGAUAUCACCAAUUAAUUGUCAAUCAGAGUUGGUGGCAGACUUGAUGACAGAUGAGGUUAUAUCCAGUGCUUUAGGACAUGACGAACGUCUGCCUCUUCUUCUUAACACUGUUGACUCUGUGGACUAUUACAGCAUCACUGAAAGAAUUGAACUGGGCAAGAUGGCAUCUCUCUUUUUCAAUAAAGUGUCCAAACGAGUUCCACUUGCAAAACAGGCUGAGGCUCUCGAAGAAAUAGAAGCCAUGAAAGAACAAGAAGUAAUAGAAGUACUAGCCUUUGGAUAUCACCUAUUGUACUUGUAA